CGGUGGCCGGAGCUUGGAGAGCAGGUCCGGGCCCCGCGGGAGAGGGCGCAGUCAUGGUGCCGCAUCCCGGGCAGGAGCCCGCCCGUGGCUAGAGCCAGCCCCAGCCGGAGAGCUGCGACGGGGCACCCUCAGCCUGAGGGCAUCCCUCAGCCUGAGCGCCUCCCCGCGCGCCCCCGGCAUGGAGCCGGGCGGCCUGGAGUGGCUGCUGGUGCCCAUGCAGCAGCUGGUGUCCUGGGGCGCCGCGGGGGCCAUGGUGUUCGGCGGCGUUGUGCCCUACAUCCCCCAGUACCGGGACAUUCGGCGCACCCAGAACGCGGAGGGCUUCUCCACCUACGUCUGCCUGGUGUUGCUGGUCGCAAACAUUCUGCGCAUACUUUUUUGGUUUGGAAGGCGUUUUGAAUCCCCUCUUUUGUGGCAGAGCAUUAUCAUGAUCAUUACAAUGUUACUGAUGCUGAAACUGUGCACUGAAAUUCGUGUGUCCAAUGAGCUGAACGUGAAACGCCGCUCUUUUGCAGCUGCAGAUAGUAAGGAUGAAGAAAUCAAAGCACCUCCCAAGAGAUCCUAUCUGGAUUUUGACUUGAACUAUUUUUGGCAUUGGAGCAAAUUUACAGACUACGUGCAAUGUGUCCUCACGUUCACUGGUGUGACUGGUUACAUCACUUACCUGUGGCUGGACUCCUCCCUCUUUGUGGAAACGCUGGGCUUCCUUGCAGUGUUCACUGAGGCCAUGCUGGGUGUCCCCCAGCUGUACCGCAACUACCAGAACAGAUCGACAGAAGGAAUGAGUAUCAAGAUGGUGCUGAUGUGGACCAGUGGGGACACGUUCAAGACUGUUUACUUCAUCCUGAAUCAGGCCCCUUUCCAGUUCUCCAUCUGUGGACUCCUGCAGGUAUUUGUGGACAUCGCUAUCCUGUUGCAGGUUUACUUGUACAGCCACUACCCUCAGAAGCCCGUGUCCCACGCUGCACACCCAGCCAGCACCAAGGCCCUGUGAGGAACUUGGCUGGGCAGGUUGUAGGUCGGCUGAGUCAGCCAUGGCAUCUCUUCUUCCACUUGUAAAUAUUCCUGUGUUGCCAAGUUGAAAGCAGAAAUGAGAACAAGGAUGGAAACGGCUGCCACGUCUAGCCUUGGAGGUUCUGUGUUAAAUAACUUGCUCUGUUUUCCGACUUAGCUGUACAGAACUGUUUCUUGGUGGGGGGAGGGGCACUUUAUUUUUGCAUAUGUACCUAUGAGCCUUAUUAAUUCACAAAUGUUUGUAUAUUUAAUCACAAGGGCUGGAUGGUUUGUGUUUUUAAUGCUAUUUAAAAAUGUUACACCACAGAAAUUAUAGGAUAUUUGUCGGAAACUUCUACCUAUUUAUAAAAUAUAAAGUCUGUAUAUUGGCAGGUUUGUGGCAUAUACUAGCAUUCAGUAUCUCCAUGAUGGAGGAAGCAGUAUUGAAGAGCAAAUCCAGGACCUUUCUCUUUUCCCUAUAAGGAUGUCUGGUGAGAGAAGGUGGGGGUGGGAGGCCCUGCAAAGAAGUGAGCAGCCAGAAGUGAGCUGACCACAGAUGCUGUAAAGCUAAAGAUUCAGCAGAUGUUCAUCCCUGCUGCAGGAGGACACAUGGAGGAGAUGAUGGAGGGGGUCUGAUGGUGCUGGAGUCACGUCUAGAGCUGGCACAGCCAGUCAAACAUCCAGGCAAAAGGAGGAGCCAGCAGAUGAUUUCUGGGAGCUUAGGUACUCAUGCUUUGAAACUGUGGGGGGUGGGAAUAGCCUGCCCUGCACCUGGGGGCAGUGCUGCCCCUGCAGCUGUGCACAGGACACAGCUGGGCUGUAGGGUCUUUCCCAAACCAAGCUCAGAAAUGAAAAAGUUUGAGAUGGAGGAAUAAGCUGUAUCCCCUGGAGUAGGACCAGCAUCUGACAGCUUGAUUUGUUGAGGCUGAGAUUCGUGUUCAUGUUGUUCAAUGCCAAACAAGAGCCAGGUUGUGUUUUGGGGUGUUUCCUGCAUUGGCCCAACAAGGAAGGGGUCCAUGUUUUCCUUUUACUGUUGUGAACUGUUAGGCUCUUAAAGAAGAGGUUUUUCUCUUUUAGAAGAAUAAGCAGGCUGUACUGAGAGGGACUGAAAGAGCAGAGUUCAUGUAGAUGUUGUCUCUAAAGGCCAUUAGCCAGCACAGGUCACCAUACUCUGUCUGUGACAUGCAGCUGCUGGUGGUGUGGACCCGUGGGGCUGUGACCAAGCCCCUGGGCUCCUGUUGUGACACUGCUGUCAUGAAACUGCCCCGGGUGAUGUGAGGAGGCCGUAGCAAUGCCCUCGGUCCCAGGAACAGCUGUGUUGCUGCUUCCUUCAUGAGGCUUCCUCCCUCUGCUGGGUGAGUCCUGUCUGGCCACAGGAAAGGUGUUGGACAGAUUUUGCAGAAUCAUUUUUUCUCUAAGAAUAGCCCAAGAGCUUGUAUUUUCUUAGCAGUGGCAGCAAGUCUGAGGUUUGAUGACUUCAGUGUGUAAGUCAGAUAAUUGCCCUACCGCGCUUUCUUUGGGAACCUCAUGAUUUGAGUCUGGACUGUCUGGAUUGGUGGCAAACUGUCCAGUGGAGGGGAGUCACACUGUGCCCAGGCACUGACUCCCUGCUCUUUGUUCAAUACCAUACUCUUCUAGGCCUGAAGUGACCUUACAAAGACAAUGUACUCAGCAUGGCAGACUAUGAAUGUUUUGUUCCUCUCUUUUCUCCAAUGUUCUGGUUGUGCUACAAGAACAUCUGGGCUUUUGUCUUUUUUAAUUGAAAAUGUAACAACUGGCUUCUCCAGUAUGCUGCUUUAAUGAGGAUUGUAUUUCUACUGUUAGAAAACAAACACUUUGUUGUGUGUUUUAAUUGUCUGAAGGGUUUUUUUAAUAACUUGUAAUGGUAAGAUUUUUGUAUUUGGUGGUCUUUUUCUAAUAUUCUGCAAAACAGGGAUGCAAGAAAUUUCUGGUUCAUAAGAAACAUACUUUGGUAUGUUAUAGCUUCACUGGGAGUGCACACUUUUGGCCACCUCUUUGGCUUUGAACUACAGAUAUUAUUGAGGAUAAAACAAUUUCUGCUUCUUCCUUUUGGGAUUCUUCCUUGGGCGGAUUCUUGAAUCUGUCACCAGUACCUAAACCAGCGAGCUCUGCGGACCAGUCUCAUUUACACCAGAGCAGCAAAUGCUGGAAGAGAAGCCAGUGAAACCAUGUCUAAGUCAUCUUUUGUAUGUGGCAUUUAGCAAGUAGGACUCUUGGCCAGGAACUCUAGAACUUCUUGCAAGGUACUUUAGGGACAAAGUGUUACAGAACUUUUGUUUUGUUCUCUAAUCGUCAGGAAGUACCUGUUUCAAUGAUCACCUCAGAGAAUAAGAAAUCGCUUUCUUUAAAUACAUCUCUUUGAAUGUAUGGCACAUUUCACAGACUUUAUUUUUUCUGUCAGUUGCAAUGUUUUUUUUAAUAAAAUUUGCCUAUUAUAUAUAAAUUGCA